AUGGUAUAUUUGAGGAUUUUACCAUGCUGUUAUUCUCUCUCUAUAGCCCUGAGACCUGAACUGGUCCACAAUCACAUCAACAUCACCAUUUCAGCGAUAGAGACACGCCUCGGUCAAAUGCUGUCAUUCUUAAGCUGCUGCUUGAAGAUCCGGAGAAGGGCCCAGAAGUGGCGAGAAAUUGAGGAUACUGUCGGACUUGAUGAAAAGCAGUCGUGGUCUCCCCCCGAAAACACGCUCAUGAUGCAGGGCUUCGAAUGGCAUGUGCCAGCCGACCAACGACAUUGGCAGCGCCUGCGCAAGGCAAUCCCGGACCUAAAAGACAUCGGAGUCGACAACAUCUGGAUUCCGCCGGGGUGUAAGGGGAUGAACCCAUCUGGAAUUGGGUACGAUAUUUAUGAUCUGUAUGAUCUUGGGGAAUUCGAUCAGAAGGGGACCAGAUCGACGAGAUGGGGUCCCAAGGAAGACCUCCAGGCCUUGGUACAGAGCGCACAGGACAUGAAAGUUGGGAUCUACUGGGAUACUGUUUUGAACCAGAAGGCUGGGGCGGAUUCAACUGAGAAAUUCACAGUCGUCAAAAUGGACCCAGAAGGUGAUUUUUCCCCCAUCAACAGUGGGAAAACCAGAGUGCUUAUGGAUGUCAAUAACCUUGCAGAUCGGAACACUGAAACAUCUCGACCUCUGACAAUCGCCGGUUGGGUUGGGUUCGACUUUCCUGGACGUGGUGAGAAGUACAGCUCUAUGAAGUAUCACUGGCAACAUUUUACUGGUGUGGACUGGGACGAUGCGAGCCAGGAGUAUGCAAUUUACAAGAUAUUGGGACGGAACAAAGGCUGGGCGAAUGAUGUGAGUGAUGAACACGGAAACUACGACUACUUGAUGUUCGCCGAUCUCGACCAUUCCCAUCCAGAAGUUCGAGCUGAUAUAUUGAAAUGGGGGGAGUGGAUUGGUACCGAAUUACCAAUCAGUGGAAUGCGAAUCGAUGCAGCAAAGCAUUAUUCCGCCUCUUUCCAGAAAGAAUUUGUGACACAUUUGCGCAAUACUGUUGGCGCCGACUACUUUUUAGUUGGGGAGUACUGGAGAGGAGAGGUGGGUCUACUUCUGGAAUAUCUCAAAUUAAUGGAUUAUGAGGUCUCCUUGUUCGAUGUGCCUCUUUUGGGCCGGUUCGCAGCUAUCUCCAAGAUGGCAGGCGGUGAUCUACGGAAGAUUUUCAAAGGCACGUUGGUGGAGCAGAUGCCAUCGCAUGCAGUAACUUUUAUUGGCAAUCAUGAUACGCAACCUGGACAAUCAUUAGAGACUAUCAUUGCACCAUUUUUCAAACCUCUCGCAUAUUCUUUAAUCCUCCUUCGAAGCCAAGGACAGCCAUGCCUUUUCUACGGAGAUCUCUAUGGAAUCAACGGUGGGCCAGAGCCCCAACCUGGGCCAUCGUGCAGCGGAACCCUUCCCAUACUUACGCGUGCCCGAAAGUUAUAUGCACAUGGAGAACAACGAGACUACUUCAAUAGACGAAAUUGCAUUGGAUUCGUGCGCUAUGGGAACUAUAAACACCCUUUCGGUCUUGCCUGUAUCCUUAGCAAUGGUGGCGCAUCCUAUAAGCGCAUGUUUGUCGGCCACAGCCACGCUGGAGAAGUGUGGACAGAUAUUCUCGGCUGGCGAAAUGAGACGGUACUCAUCAAUAACUGCGGUUAUGGAGUUUUCCCCGUCGCCGCUAUGAGUGUUAGUGUCUGGGUGAACUCUCAAGCGGAGGGGAUAAAUGGAAUCAAUCGGCCUUUGUGA